UAAACAAUGUAAUAGGCGUAACAGUGUACUUGAAGCUAUGCUCAAAAUAACUUACGGUAGUAAGACCUCAUUUCGGAUUUACCUUAUUCUGCUGAACGUGUCAACAGGGUAUACUCUACGAGUCUAUAGAUUGUCUGACAGUGUUCAAAGGAUACAUGACCUCCACACGCGGAUCUGGGGGUUCACAUCCUCUCUCCACUUCCGUGUCUACCUUAGUGCUGGUUUUACCCUUCUUGGUCAAUAUUGACCCGUCAGCAGCCAGUACAGAAAUGUGGCGGUUCAGUGCGUCUCAGUCUACCCUCGUGACCUUACUUACUUCAGACUUGAGGUGGAGUCAUCGAAACAUUGUUUUCAGUGUUUAGUCCUGGGACUGCAUCAACUCCUCUAUAAUCUCUCCACAUAUCUUCGUCAUCGUCAUAAAGACUUUAAAAAAAAAACUUCGGAUUGUGGACUACAAGAAUAAGAUAGCAGAAUAUUCUCAACACAGAAUAACAUUUUUUUUACAACAAGCACUACAAAGAAAAUGUUUCUUUGUAAAGUUACAUGAGCCAUAGAUUGAAGCUGAACAUAUUACGGAUACUAUCCAGCGAACAUCAUCAAACAAUACAUCCUUUGUCAUCAUUAAUCUUAGAAUAACAGAAUCACUAAUACAACCUGUGUCUAGUGUGUGAUGCCGUCUUGGGAAACAAUGGAUCAUAAAUGUUAUGAAAAUGUCUUUUGGGGUGAAGAUUUGAGCAGCGUGAAAGGAUAUGAAGUUUUAGUCCAAAGAAAUUCGGACAGUAAAAAGAUAUUAAACGACUUGGAAGAUUAUCUUAAGAAAAGAUCUCGACUUGAAUUAGAUUACAGUAAAAGUCUUUCAGGCCUAGCAAGAACUUUUAGACAAAGAGAUGAUAUGGGGGUUUUGGAAGCAACAAUGACUUUAUUAAAGACAGAGCUGGAUUCCAUGGCUAACUAUCACAAUAAGGCAUCCAUCAGCUUUCAACAACAUGCAGAUAAUGUGAAAAAGUUUAAAGAAGAUCAAACAAACAGAAGAAAAUUUUGUGAAGACAACUUAAAUAAGAUACAGAAUUCAAAACUUUCUCAGUUGAAAAUUACUGUACAGUCAGAGAAACUUUAUGUGAAAAAAUGUUCAGAGAGGGAUAUAGCACAAGCUGCAUUUAAAGAAACAAGUAUGAACCAAGUGUCACUACCAAAAGACAUUGAGAAGGCCAAGAGUAGAUUUUCUAGAGCAACAGAGGAUGCUGAAAAAGCAGAUACCCAAUAUAAGAGUGCAGUAAUGGUCUUGGAAGAAUGCCGAAUACUUUGGGAAAAUGAAAUGAUCACUGCUUGCCAGUCGAUUCAAGUUAUGGAUGAGGAAAGGAUAAAAUUUAUGCGACAAGAAAUUUGGGAUACCACUAACAUAGACUCACAACUUGCACUAGAUAUAGAUCGGUCUUGUGAAUCUGUUAGAGAAGUUUUAGAAAAGUGUGAUAUUGUAACAGACAUUCAAGCUUUUAUCAGCAAAUAUAAAACAGGGGAAAUAAGACCAGAACCAUUUAGUUACAAGCAUUAUACCAAAAUUCAAACAAUGAAUGACAAUGACAGUGAUCUCUUCAGCCCAUACAGUACAAUAGGAGAGGAGCAAAACACACCAGACACGUCCAGCACUGGGACAAGGACAUUUUUUGGGUUUGCCAAGAAGAAAGGUGCUGCUUUAUAGUUCUUGAUGAGAUCAAAUUUUUAAACCAGAAAGACUGUUUAUGUUCUUUGUAUGCAGCAUAAUAGUUUAAAAAGGAAGGGGAGCAGCAGAUAAAAAAAUAUAUUUUGUUAUAUGAAUGUAAAUAUAAGUAUUUCAUUGAUAGAACUAUUAGAACAUUGUUUAGCUUGAAACUUAGAGGCUGUAAUGAUAUUGAAAUGGUGAAAAGGGAGGGCAUAAGUACAUAUUGCAUAGAAUUUAGAGGGUGUUGAUCCCAUUGCAUGGAAUUUGUACUAUGAUCAUACUCUUUGGUAAAUGUAGGAAUUUAUUUUUUGUGGAAAACUAUAUCAUUUCCCCCUUUUUGUUUGAUAUUUACUGUGUCUCAGAACUGUCCCUUCUGCGGAUUUUUUUGAUAAUUUAAAUUAUUGACUAAUUGUUAAUGCAUGCUGUGUAAUGUCUGUGUUGGUGUGUGUGUGUGUGGAGGGGGGGCAAUCAUUUCUAGCCCUCUCCCCCUUCCCAUUCCAAAAUCCUUAAUUCAGAAAAAAAAAUUAAUUAGAAGGUUUCAAAUUCAAAUUCUUUGUUUGCAUUCUAAUCUUUCUCCAAAUAAAUUAUAAAAUUGAUCUAUUAAUCAUCAAAGUUUAUCAAACAGAUCUAAAUAACUCAAUUCUAUCACUUGUCAUCAUGUUGCUCCUAGUUUGAACCCUGCCCAAAUCCAUUCUGGCCAAGAGGUUUAAACUAUGAUGUAUUAAAUUAAUCUUCAUUUCUGAAGGAAUUUUCGAAAGUAAAUUGAAAUAUACAUUUUGAAGCAAGCAGAUUGGACUUUAUUUAUUUACAUACAUAUAUUACAUGAGAAAGUUCUUUCAGAAGACCAUUUUAGUAAUUGAGAAUUUUUGGUUGAAAAUGAAAUGUUUCAUCUUAAACAUUAUCUAAUAAGUUGGCUAAAUAAGUUGUUAAAAAAGAUUUAUUUUAUUAUGGCGUUCUUUGAUCUAUUAUUUUUAUUCAUCAUUGAUUAGACAAUUUGGGUUUAAAUUUUGGGUUUAAAAUAGUAUAAAGUGUUUAACAUUACUUACACUUAGCCUUUUUGAUUACCUUUUUUCCCAUUAGUAAUUAAUGGUUUAUAAUAGCUGUAAACUAGAAAUAUGUUUCAUUACAUUAAAAUUAUAGUAACUGUUAUAUGACUUAGCUAUUGCUAUACCGUAUGUAUAGUGAAAGAUUUUGCUUAAUAUUCAAGUGUUCAAUUUGUAUUUAUUUUUAAUCAUAUAAAUAUGAAAAUCAGUCUCGUGGGUGAACAUUUUGGUGCCUUACUGUAUUUUAUUCACUGUUCAGCUUUAAUGCAGUUGUUUAUUGUUAAUUUUUAUUAUUGAUAAUAAAAAUGUAGAUAUUUUGACUUCUAUUCUUGUAUAUAUUUGUAAAUACAGCAAAUCGUAGUAUUUGCUUUGGCAUAAAAAAUAAUAUUGUUUUAAUGUAUGUUAUAACUUAACUAUAAUGGAAUUCACCAUUAAAUUGUUGCUUUGUAUGGUCUGUAAAUUUUAAGGCUUUGACUACAAUGAUGUUAAAAAGGCCUAAUUUAUAGCCUAUCAAGAAAAGCUGUAAUGUCAGACAUAUCAACAAAAACAAAACUGUCAUUAACAAGCCAACAAUAAACAGAUGUAAUGUACAGUCAGCCAUUAUACAAUUCAAUAUAAAAGUAUCUAGCUAUCACUAAAGAGUUAUCAUGUAUAUUAAUAAUUAUAGAUGGCUGCCUGGUUUUGUGGUAUGUGUUCUGGAUUGCUGUUCAGUGCCAUCCUGUCAUCCUGUGGGAGGUAUGGGCUAGGAUGUAAUUAUCUUUUUGAUGUCUAAUUAUCUUCAGAAUCUGAAGAAGCAUCCAAAACAUGAAUAGCAUAACAUAACAUUUGGAUAGUCCAGGGUUUUAAGUCCUGUACGCUGCAACUUAUUUAUUAUUAUAAUUAAAAAACUAUUUGUGUGAGAAAAGAAAAGUUUUGUAAAUUUUAUUUUUCAUGAUCGUAUUUUAAUGCAAGAUAUUGACUUUUUUUUUUGUUUGAAGCUGAGACUCCAGUAUAUUUGUUGUUUGAUAUGUAGAAUAAAACUCUGUAAAAGAAUUAUCCUGUUUAAAAACAGUAUAUCUUAGUGUUGCCAUCUCUAUCUCACUAGCACUUAUAAAGGUCAAGAUUGUUACAUCAUUUUGUCAUUUCAAAAUGUCUAUUUUUAAUCUAAAAGGUGAAGCUCUAUUUCUAAAUUGAAAAUAGUUUGGUUUUAUUUAUUCUUUUCAAUCCUUCUUUUGUAUGCAAAUGAGAAUAUUAACUAUUGUUUAUCUUUAUGCUAAAUAAUUAGUAAAAAAAAAAGGAAAAAGUACGUCCUUUUAGACCUUGCAAUCAAUGGUGCAGAUGAUGUAAAGGUCAUCUGUUUCUUUGGCUAAUAGUUAACGACCAUUCACCUUUACUUUCACAAACUAAAGCCAGGUAACCACUAGGGUUAACUCAGGGACAUAGUAACAAUCUUUAAGCUAAAAAUCCUAAUCUUUACCAAGAUUUAAACUCGGGGGACAUCUUGGUUCAGAAGCCAAGUGCUUUACCACUCAGCCUCCAUGCCCCCCUAAAAUAAUUAGAAAUCAUUAAUUUUUUUGUUUGUUUCUUCAAAUAGAAUCUUUGGCAAUUUUACUUUAGCUGGGUUACUUUAAAAUGAUCACUUCCACUGAGUGGCUGAUCACACAAAUGUAAUAAUUGAUAUGACAGUACUACUGUUAUUUUAUUGUAUAGUCUGGAAGGUGUAUUAUAGGCCACAAAGUGAUAGAUCACAAAGCAUUUGGAUACUUUAGAAAUUCCCUACACCAUUUGAAACUGUUUUGUAAACCUAUUUGAGUUGCCUUGUGUUCAGUCUAACUUGCAGGUUGUUGUUUUUUUAAUACAUUAAGAAACUUGGUGGAAUGCAAUGCUGCUAACAUUAAUUGAAAUCAACUUUGAAAUGUUUCAUGUAUUAUAUAUAUUUGAUACAUGCUGUAAUGAAAAAAAAAUUAAAACAAUUUGCUUAUGGUA